GGUAACUGCUGCUAACUGACACUUCCCGUCACCCCGGGGCUUUGGGAAGCUGAACUCCAGUAAAACCAUCUUCCCCAAAGAAUGGGCUCCGUGCGGACCAUGGCCUUUUCCCUUUGUAAUCUGCUGCCAGCCGUGGAACUGCACUUUGGCAUCUUACACUGAUGCAGAAGAAGACGCUCGACCUCAGCCUUAAGGUCCAGCUUGCCGGGUCCAGCUGAGCCACAGAUGUCUGCAGCCCUUUGGAACUCAGUCCCUUGUUUACAUCCUUCGUUUGACGCUAGAGCUGUCCAUUUUCUCUGGCUGGAUGGAGAGGCCACAUCAGGAUGCUUCCUUGUCCAAAAAAGAUGCCUGUACCCAGACUUACCCACCUAGAAGGAGGAUCAGGCAUGCCCAAGUGCAGGAUGCAGGUCAACUGAAGCUGUCCAUUGAUGCCCAGGAUCGGGUUCUGCUGCUGCACAUCAUAGAAGGCAAAGGCCUGAUGAGCAGGGAGCCUGGCAUCUGUGAUCCCUAUGUGAAGGUUUCUUUGAUCCCAGAAGACAGCCAGCUACCCUGCCAGACCACACAGAUCAUUCCCGACUGCAGAGACCCAGCUUUCCACGAGCACUUCUUCUUUCCUGUCCCAGAGGAGGGUGAUCAGAAGCGUCUUCUGGUGACAGUGUGGAACCGGGCCAGUGAGACCAGGCAACAUGCGCUCAUUGGCUGCAUGAGCUUUGGGGUGAGGUCUCUCUUGACUCCGGACAAGGAGAUCAGUGGCUGGUACUAUCUACUAGGGGAGGACCUGGGUCGGACUAAGCACCUCAAGGUGGCUAGGCGGCGGCUCCAGCCCCUGAGAGACGUGCUGUUGAGAAUGCCAGGAGAGGAGGACCCUGAGAACGGGGAGAAACUCCAGAUCACCAUCCGGAGGGGCAAAGACGGCUUUGGCUUCACCAUCUGCUGUGACUCUCCGGUCCGAGUCCAGGCUGUGGAUUCUGGGGGCCCGGCAGAGAGGGCGGGACUGCAGCAGCUGGACACAGUGCUACAACUGAAUGAGAGGCCCGUGGAGCACUGGAAAUGUGUGGAGCUGGCACACGAGAUCCGGAGCUGUCCUAGCGAGAUCAUCCUGCUCGUGUGGCGUGUAGUCCCCCAGAUCAAGCCGGGGCCAGAUGGCGGAGUCUUGCGGCGGGCCUCCUGCAAGUCCACACAUGACCUCCUGUCACCCCCUAACAAGAGGGAGAAGAACUGUACUCAUGGGGCCCCAGCUCGUCCUGAGCAGCGCCACAGCUGUCACCUGGUGUGUGACAGCUCUGAUGGUCUACUGCUUGGUGGCUGGGAGCGCUACACUGAGGUGGGCAAGCACAGCAGCCAGCACACCCUGCCUGCACUGUCCCGGGCCACCACCCCUACUGACCCCAACUACAUCAUCCUGGCCCCACUGAAUCCUGGAAGCCAGUUGCUGCGGCCUGUGUACCAGGAGGAUACCAUCCCUGAAGAACCGGGGACUGCUACUAAAGGGAAAUCGUACACCGGCCUGGGCAAGAAGUCUCGGCUCAUGAAGACAGUGCAGACCAUGAAGGGCCACAGUAACUACCAAGACUGCUCAGCCCUGAGAUCACACGUCCCGCAUUCCAGUUACGGCACCUAUGUCACCCUGGCCCCUAAAGUCCUGGUGUUCCCUGUCUUUGUGCAGCCCCUAGAUCUCUGUAACCCUGCCCGGACUCUCCUGCUGUCAGAGGAGCUGCUGCUGUAUGAGGGGAGGAACAAGACUUCCCAGGUGACACUGUUUGCCUACUCGGACCUGCUGCUGUUCACUAAGGAGGAGGAGCCAGGCCGCUGCGACGUCCUGAGAAAUCCCCUCUACCUCCAGAGCGUGAAACUACAGGAGGGCUCUUCAGAAGACUUGAAAUUCUGUGUGCUGUACCUGGCAGAGAAGGCAGAGUGCUUAUUCACUUUGGAGGCACACUCGCAGGAGCAGAAGAAGAGAGUGUGCUGGUGCCUGUCGGAGAACAUCGCCAAGCAGCAACAGCUGGCCGCACCGCCUACAGAGAGGAAGAAACUUCACCCUUACGGCUCUCUCCAGCAGGAGAUGGGGCCAGUCGCCUCCAUCAGUGCCACCCAGGAUAGAAGCUUUACCUCAUCAGGACAGACCCUGAUUGGCUGAGCAAGUCCAAGGGCAGGACUAUGUUCCUGGCAACUCUGGGGCUUCCCCUAUCACACAGUGACCUCAUCUCAACUGGACCCAAAACAGAAGACCAAGAUGGUGGGCCUAGGGUCACCUGGAGGGAGUGGUCUCAAGGGUGUGUGUGUGUGGACCUGGCAACAGGAGGAACAGUGCUAUGAGGGACCCUGUGGGUUUGUGCAGACUGGUACCAGGAAGUCCUGGAUGGAGAAGACGCCAAAGCAGGAGGCUAAGUGGCACCUGGGCACCUUCCUGGGCACAGCAGGAAAGAGGGAGAGGGCACUCGAAUGGAAGAUGGUGCCUGUGACCCAUUCCUGCCGGAAGACAUCUCCUCUUCCCACUCCUAUUUCAAAUGGACACAUUUACUUCCUCAGUCAGCGGGUACUGGGGGACAUCUCCUUUGUGCUAGGGUGUGUGCUAGAAGAUACUGUGCUCCCAUCAAGAUCCCAGCCCUCCCCGUCCCAACAGGGAGAGAAUGCCAAAUAAAUCAACACUGAUACACGCACAUACACUGCAAGGGUCUGUACAGAAACGUCACAGAUGUCUUCAGACAGGGCAUUAUGUCUCGUUGCCAUGUGUGAGCUGGAGAGGAGCUAGCCAGCCAAGGACUUUGAAGAGAGUGUUCCAGGCAGUGGAAGGAGCUUGAGGAAGGGUGUCACAGACUCCUCCGGUGCAUAUCUACAAGAUCAGAUUGCAGUUAGGAGGGGCCCAAGUGGCUGUGAGACUGGUUAGGGCUCCCCUUCAGGCCUCCAGGGUGAGGGGUGACGGUGAUUUGUUCUAGAGGGCGCUGUGAUGGUAGGUAUUGGAAAGGUAGGCUCUGGGAUAAGGAGUGAUGCUAGCUCACCCUUGCCUGCCCUCGUGCUCCGCUGAGUCUUGUUAUCUCGGUGGUGUGAGGUUUGAGGCCUCCCUCCUAGGGAUUCCUCUGCUCAGACCAGAGUUGGGCUUUUGGGAAUGCCCAUGAGCACCGAAACAGUAAAGCUUAAUUUCCCCAAGAUGGGAAAGUUCAUGUCUUCCCUGCUCCCAGGCUCCGUAGAGAUCACCUGUAUCUGCUCUACCUGUCAUGCUAAGAGAAGGAAGCUGGGGCCCAGGUCCAGUAAUGAGAGCUGGGUCCACUCCCAUGCUCUGAGCUAGGUAGCUCACCCUUUUCUAACUGUAGAGACCCAGCAGGACAGAAUCUCAAGGCUGUGGAUCAGAGGGAUGAGGGUCAUAUGCUAGAGAGUAUUUGUCGAGUUAGGUACUGAGCACUCAGAGGCAGAAAGCUGCAGUGAUGGCUAAGGCCAGAGAAGCCCCAGACCUGAGUCUUAAGUACCUUAAGGAUGAUUCUUGUGCUCUUUUGAGUUUGCUAAACUACCAGAGCCACCUGAGCCCCUAAAUGGUGGCCCAGGAGAGUACAUGUCCCUUAUUUUCCUUCCAACAUUGGAAAAGUGAGCCAUGCUGAGUGAUCAGUCUAACAGGGAAUGGGGUGACUCUGCAGGAAUCAGGCUAACACGCAGCCCAGUGAGGAAAGAUUGGCUUGGUUCAAGGGUUGUGUAGCAGCACCACACUGCCAGCCAGUGAUCAGCCCAUAGGGUGAAUCCGAACAGCUGGGUCUGUGCAGACAGCAAACUACACUUUGAUUUCAUUUGAUUCUCUCACCUAAUGAUUGAUCGUGAGGUCAUGAAGCCCAGGAGGAUCACCUGCGUGGGAAAUCAGCCUGGGCACAGACCUCUGUCCGACAGAUGGGCACAGAAGACAAGAAGAGGAUCUGAACAUAACACCCACCCUGCGGACGGGCUGUUCUCCCUGAUCAGCAACUCCUGAGUGGAACAGAUUCUCCCAUCAAGCUCCCAGGCCUAUGGCUGAUGGGGAAAAGGAAGGUACUCCUGGCAGGUCCUGGGCUAGCUUGCUCCAUGACUGUGGUGAGCCAAGGCACCAUGGCCAUCUUGCUUCAUGAAUCAAUGUGACAAUUAAUUUGGUGUCAUGGGCCCGAGAGGAUGAAAUAUGACCCAGUGGCCUCCACUCUUCAGUCCAUCCCAGCUGUUCAAGAGGAGGAGCAGCUCUCAGCAUGGCCUCUGAGAGUCAUAAUCACGGGAACCACGCCGGGCCCCCUCCCCGCCACAUAAAUCACGUGAAGAAGCACACAAGAACUUCUUUCCCGAUGGGCUAAUUGUCUUGGGUGGUGUCCCCGGCCCCAGGAGCUGGGAGGUCGGGAGCACAGCCACUUUAUUGUUGAAAGGCCAUCUGUGAGAUUUGAAUACAAAAUGCCUCUUUGAGUCUCCUACCCAUUCUGGGAUCCCAUUUCUGUGUCUCCCGCUCUGAGUCCUUUGAAGCUCAUCUCUCAUAGAAGCCCUCAUUGCCUGAGUCCUUUGGCCCUUUGGGAACUGAAAUUACACAGACCUUCUGAGAAUGGUGA